GAAAAGAAAAGAUCAUCAUACCUUGCUGGCUACAAACGGACAGACAUCCUUCAAGUCCAGUCCACCAAGGCACCGAAUUGCACUUGGAUAGAUAUUGGUUCUGCAUCCUGCCAAUUGCUUCAAGCCUUUCUUUACAGCAAGGCACUGGCUGUUGCCUCCUGCUCUGAGGUGGAAGACAUCGGCUGCUUGCUUGCUUGCUUGCUCUGUCCCGAGUGUUUCUUUACUCUGCCGUCGGUUUGAGUUCGACUUGUGUCAGUCCAUGUCCAUCCUCCUGUGCCUGUUCUAACUGUGACGAGGUGUGUCACAAGAACAAGGUGUGCCACAACAACUUCAUUCAUGGAUUACGACGAAUUAAACUGCCGUUCACAAGAAUGAUGGUCUUCGAGUAUGCUCCGUGCGGAUCCCUCUUUGAGCAUUUGCAUAUUCGAGAAGCGGAAGAUUUAGACUGGCCUACACGGCUGCGCAUCAUCAUUUGAGUAGCAUACUGCUUGGAGCACAUGAGCCAGCUCGACCCACCUGUGAUGCCAGCCGCCCUGAGCUCCUCAUCCAUCUACCUCACCGAGGACUACGCGGCCAAGAUCCCGGACAUCGAGUUCUGGAAGGACGACAAAGAUGCAGCGCCGCGAGAUGAAGAGAGCAUCGUGUACAAGUUGGGCAUCCUGCUGCUGGAGGUGAUCUCCGGUCGGCUGCCCUUCUCCGAGGACCACGGCCUGCUCGUCCUGUGGGCGUCCAGCUACCUCGACGGCAAGAGGCCGCUGAAUGGCAUGGCUGAUCCGAUGCUGAGGUCGUCCGUGCCUGACGAAGAUUUGGCGGCGCUGUGUGAUGUUGUGAGGCUGUGCAUCCACUCCGACGAGGAGAAGAGACCGAGGGGUAUGGGUGAGGUUGCGAGGCUGAUGAGAGGCGUCACCGCCUUGUCGCCGGAGCAGGCGAGCCCGAGGGACAGCCUGCUGUGGUGGGCCGAGCUUGAGAUUGCCUCCACGGUGGAGUGAGUCCGGGUGAAAUUCAGAACCAAAAGCCCGGCCCCAAAUGAUAACUACUAUACUGAAUGUUCCUCUCUCUUUUUUUGUUCUUUUGACAUCACUUCCUUUUGCUGCUGAUCACUGUGAAUGUGCAAAUUUGUACAAAUGGAGAACAGGAAAUGGCAUUUGUAACUA